ACGAUCAAGAUCAACUACUUACCUCCGGAUAAUUACCAUAUAACGCCGAGAAAGUUUCUUCGCAUUCGAGAGAGAAAAUAAAAUGCCACUUAGUGCACAUUCGAAGUUGUCGGAACAUGGAACGCUUCUGUUUCCGGUGUCAAAAAGUCGACGGAGUGCUCGUAGUCCUGAUGUUUUUUUACCUCGUACGAGCCGAAUCGACAGAAAUCAAACAAACGGGAUGCAUCGAAAAUGGGAAGUUUUACAGGGAUCCCAACCGAGCUGCCCAUAAGAUUUGGACUGAAAGCGAAUGCUCCAAAUAUUUUCUAUGCCUGGAUGGCGAGGUUUUCGAGUUCAAAUGCUCGACAGGUCUGUUAUUCGACGUGGACCGGCAAAUAUGCGAUUUCAAGGCGAAUGUAGACAACUGCGACGUGACGUCAGAGCUAGCCACUCCGAAACCACUUCUAGAAAGAGCUAACUGCGGGGAUUACGAUCAACUAGGAUGCGCCGAUGGUACCUGCCUGCCACAAGACUACUUUUGCGAUGGUUCCCUAGACUGUCCUGACGGGAGCGACGAAGGUUAUUGCAGCGGAAAGAAUGACCCGAACGGUGCACCUCCUUGCAACCCUGCUAAAUGCAAAUUACCCAACUGCUUCUGCUCAAGAGACGGUACCAGAACGCCAGCAGAUUUGAACCUCAAAGACACGCCGCAAAUGGUCCUGCUGACAUUCGACGAUGCCGUCAACGAGGAGAAUUGGAAUCUGUACCUUCAGCAAAUCUUGGUUCCUAAACGAAAGAAUCCUAAUGGGUGCCCGAUAAGAGCUACUUUCUUCAUCAGCCAUCAGUAUAAUGAUUAUCAGAUGACGCAGAAGCUGUGGAAUAUGGGACACGAAAUAGCGGUCCACUCAGUCACGCAUCGUGGACCUGAAGACUGGUGGUCAAACAACGCUACAAUAGAAGAUUGGUUUGAUGAGAUGGUUGGAGAAGCUAACAUCCUCAACAGGUUUUCGAAAAUACGUCUAGAUGAAAUAAGAGGUUUGAGAGCGCCCUUUUUGAACGUUGGCUGGAACAGGCAAUUCUUGAUGAUGAAGGAAUUUGGUUUCGAGUACGACAGUUCGAUGAUCGCUCCAUUUAGCAACCCUCCAUAUUGGCCAUACACUAUGGACUUCAGAAUACCCCACAGUUGCAUAGGACAUAAACAGAAUUGUCCCUCCAGGUCUUAUCCAGGUCUAUGGGAGCUCGUAAUGAAUCCUCUAGACGUCCAAGACAACAUUUGUCCUAUGAUAGACUCUUGCUCUUUGAAAUUAACGGGAGAUGAAAUUUACACUAUGUUUAUGCAUAAUUUCAAGAGGCACUACCACACGAAUCGUGCACCAUUUGGUCUACAUUUCCACUCCACGUGGUUCAAAAAAAGGGACAACUUAUCCGCUUUUCAGAAAUUCCUCGAUGACGUUCUGAAGAGGCCUGACGUUUGGUUUGUGACGAAUUCUCAGGCUAUAAAGUGGAUGAGGAGCCCAAGAAAGUUGAACCAAUUAGAAUUCUUCGAAGACUGGAGUUGUAAGAAGCACUUCAGGAAAUCCGAGAUAGCAUGCAGCACUCCGAACGUCUGUAAGGUUUACAGCAGGGUUUUUCAGCAGGAAAGAGUCUUUCACACAUGCGCCGAAUGUCCGCAUCGGUAUCCUUGGUUGAGAAAUGAGUUUGGAAACGACUGAACCAUUGAGAUUGAAGAAUUUGCCUAGAAUUUUGGGAUAGAAAGAAAUGUGCAUCGUAGGGUGUGUGAUAUUUUUGUACUAGUCUUGUUUUCAUGGAGAAUAAACUCAUAAAUUUUA